CGACUGCAGGAUGGCGACAGCUGUGCAGUCUGACAAUGACGACCUGUCUGGGUCUAGUGAUUCUGACGUCAGCGAUGACUCGGACAGUGACGGGGAUUCGGAUGCAGCAGCCGACUGUCAGAUCACGCCGAAAGUGAAGGAGCCCUGCAAGUAUUACAACAACGGUCGCUGUAAGGAUGGUGAAAGCUGCCUCUACUUGCACGUCUGCAAGUAUGCCCUGAAAGGAGAGUGUCGAUACGCGUCCAAAUGUAAGCUGAACCACCCCAGAGUCGGACGGGACUCCUCUCGGGCAAGCAGCAGGGCUUCGGCGCGGUCAACAUCUAGAGAACCAAACGUUUCUGGUGGCCGAUACUACCAGUGGCAGCUGAAUGAUGGAACCGGCUGGAAGGAUGUUGAUAACGAUCACAUAAUCGAGGCCCAGUACUGCCUGCCCCAUACCAAAAGCAUUAAAAUCUACAACACACCGUACGGGGCGGUGAGCAUCGAUUUUAACAGGAUGAGAGUGUAUGGAAAGAGCCUGAGAGUGAGACGUUUGGAAGAUGGUAACACCGUGUGGAUCUGGUACUGCACUUUGCGUCGUAAGUGGAUCAAGUAUGGAGACAAGAAUUCGAAGGGCAAACACACUCCUGUGAAGAGCUCUGACAUAGAGCAGGAGUUCAGGGAUGACCCUUCAAGCUCUUUUACUUUCAAGAUCGGUGCUGAUACCCUUGAAAUUAGAUUCAGAGAAAUGCGACAGGUCAGUAAAAAGAGAAAGAGGAAAGUCACUCGUCGACCACUGUACCGACAAAGGCAAAGGGCAGGAGUUUCUCAAGCAGCCUCAGCUAUCAAGAAUAUGUCUGUGGGCGCCAGACCGAAGUGGCAGUUUGAGGGAAGCAGUGGAGCAUGGCACGACUAUAAACGCAGGAGCGGCACUCCAACUGAAUGCUCAGUAACCAGUGAAGACAUUGAGAAGACGUACCAGCGAAACCCCCAAGACAGCAUGAUCUUCAAAUUGAAGGGAGACUCCUACAAGCUAGACUUCAGAGCAAUGAACCAAACCAACCUCAAAACAAAACAUACACGCAAGAUCAGACGUCUGCUGGUAUGACCAUCGUAGAGGAUUUUGACCUCCAGAAGACAGUCCACAAACACUUGGCCGUUACUAAUCUAUGUUGGCCCUAUAAAGGCAAAUUGAAUAUUGAAAUGAAUUAGAAAUGUAUUCAGGAUCAGAUUUAAUUAUCCUGAAGCCUGUUGUGAUUUUUAAAAACCUUGUACCAUAGGGGAUCGUGCCAAAGGGUUUGAAGCUUACUAACACAUAUCUAAACAAACUUGCACUCUGGUAAUCUGCUGUGCCAAGUUGCCUUUUACAAAAUUAGUGUUUAAGCUGCUCAUCUUAAGAAGUGGGUUCAUCAUGAUUUCCCCUUUGAUUUGUCUCAUUACUGUUACUUGCUGCCAACUGCCACAGCAAAGAGAUGCAAUUAUUUUAUGUUGCUAAAUCUGAGGAAGAAAAUGAACUGUGGGACAAACACUUCAGAAAUGAUCAGUCACACUGUUUGAUAUUACAUUCAUGCUGCAACAUAUCUACCCACUGCCUCUUCUGAUGUAAUAGAAGAGACUCACCCUAAACCAAAUGUAAUGCAAUUUGAAGGCCAUUUUGCAUAUUACCUUUGAGGCAGAAAGUUUUGAGCCCCACUUCACUUUUUUCCCAUUUUAUAUUGCAGCCUGAUGCCAAAAAAAAAUGCUAACAUCAAUCUACACUCAAUAGCUCA